UUUGUUUGAGAGUAGAAGUGUCUUGUACACGUUGUUUAUUGCCGGCUUACUCAGGCCUAAAGAUGCCGAACAGACGAAAAUCGUGUGAUAGAGACCAAAUGAUUUCAGCUAUCUUUGCUGGCCGAGAAGGAAGAAUGGGGACCAAAGGAGUGCAAAAGUCCAUAACGUACCUCAAGCGAUGUUGAAAAGGUAGGUUGAAAAGGCAGGAAA